AGCUGGAGGCGGGACCAGACUCUCCGUCUGCCCGGAGUUCUGAGCCUUCACCUUCUUGCCGACCCCUGCGGUGAGGAGGAUGACUAGAGAGGAGGCUGGGAAGCUGUCCCAAGUCCUGGCCCGGGUCGGGGCCUCUCACGGUAUCACUGACCUAGCCUGCAAGCUCCGCUUCUAUGACGACUGGGCUCUGGAGUACGACCAGGAUGUGGCUGCUUUGAAGUACCGAGCCCCCCGCCUUGCUGUGGAUUGUCUCAGCCGAGCCCUUCUGAGGCCACCCCAUGAUACCCUGAUCCUGGAUGUGGCCUGUGGCACUGGCCUGGUGGCUGUGGAGCUGCAGGCACGGGGCUUCCUCCAGGUGCAGGGGGUGGAUGGAAGCCCAGAAAUGCUAAAGCAGGCCCAGGCACGUGGCCUGUACUGCCACCUCAGCCUCUGCACCCUGGGCCAGGAGCCGCUGCCCAACCCUGAAGGGACCUUUGAUGCCGUGAUCAUUGUGGGUGCCCUCAGUGAGGGCCAGGUGCCCUGCCAUGACGUUCCUGAGCUCCUGAGAGUCACCAAGCCCGGUGGACUUGUGUGUCUGACUACCAGGACCAACCCAUCCAACCUUCCAUACAAGGAGGCGCUGGAAGCCACCUUAGACUCCCUGGAGCAGGCCGGAGCGUGGGAACGCCUGGUGGCCCAGCCUGUGGACCGCUGGGAGCUAGCAACCUCAGAACAGGAGACAGAGAUGGGCACCUGCGCCAGCAGCGGCUUCAUCUCCGGCAUCAUCUACCUUUAUCGAAAGCAGGAGACAGUCCCGGGCGAGGGAGGCAGGGUCAGCGCCCAGCCCCCAAAUGAGCACUGAUCCUCUGUGUACGAUCUGAGCUCAGUCAGUCUCCCUGGCCUACUCUGCUCUGCCUGUAAAACAGGUCCACCUUCCCAACCCUGCCCCUCAGGAAUGCUGGACUAGGUAGACCCCCAGGCCACUGAGGAGACCCCUCUCGUUUCUUCGUACAUCCUAGCUUGUAUUGAGAGACCAAAAGAUUAAAAAUUAGCAGCUAUUAUUAAUUAAGGCCUGAACUAGGUGGGUGGAGAGGUCCAGUAAUGCCCUGAGGGGAAGGGCCACCUUACUGCAUUCUUUCCCCACCCACUAGAGAUACAGUUGCUAGGAAACUGGCCCAUCCCCCUAGGGAGGGACACCAGGUCAUUAAUGGUCUGGGGACUUUCGUAUAGCCAAUCGAUUCAAAAUGUAGCAUUUUGAUUGGUAGAUGCUUGCCAGCAGGAAUCGCCCCUGCCUUGGGCAUGCUGGGAUGGACCAGAAUCUUUAAAUCACCCAACUAACCUGAGCACAGGGCGCUCUGCUCCCACUACUUUGGCGGUGGGGGGGUGUGGGCCCAAGUAGCAGCUUGUAAUUUACAAUAAAAAAAAACCCUCAUGUAUUUACAG